AUGGUCCGACUCCUCAGCCUCGCCCUGGCCGCCACGACGCUUGUGGCCGCCGCGCCGCACGCGGCCAAGGACAAGUGCGUCUUCAGCGACCUCGACAGCCUCGUCGCCGGCAAGAAGGCGUGCAGCACCAUCACCGUGUCCAACAUGGCCGUGCCGGCCAACAAGACGCUCGACCUGACCAACCUCAACGACGGCACCAAGGUCGUCUUCGAGGGCCGCACCACGUUUGGCUACGCCGAGUGGAAGGGGCCCUUGGUCAACAUCUCGGGCAACCACCUCGACGUGCGCGGCGCGCCGCACUCGCUCUUUGACUGCGACGGCAAGCGCUGGUGGGAUACGCUGGGCGGCAACGGCGGCAAGGCCAAGCCCAAGUUCCUCUACCUCCGCAACGCCGUCGGCACCCGCCUCUCGCACCUCAACGUCAAAAACACGCCCGUCCACGCCUUUGACAUCGCCAAGUGCAAGGACGUCCAGAUCGACCACAUCACCCUCGACAACUCGGACGGAGACGAGGGUUCGCCCAGCCUCGACUCGGACGUAGGCUCCCUCGGCCACAACACCGACGCAUUCGACGUCGGAGAGUGCGACGGCGUCACGAUCCGCAACGUCCACGUCCGAAACCAGGACGACUGCCUCGCCAUCCGCUCCGGAACCAACAUCCACUUCUCCCACGCCUACUGCGAGGGCGGCCACGGCCUCUCGAUCGGCAGCGUCGGCGGAAGAGACGUAAACACCGUCGACGGCGUCCUCAUCGAAAAGGUCAAGGUCGUAAACAGCGAAAACGCCGUCAGGAUCAAGACAAACUACAACACCACCGGCUCCGUCGCAAACGUGCACUACAGGGACAUCGAAAUGGUCAACACACACGGCUAUGGCCUUGCUGUGCGCCAAGACUACCUAAACGAGAUUAUCAUGAUGAGAAAGAGCUUCGGAGCAAUGGGAGGUCCUACGGGCACGCCGACCAACGGUAUCACGAUCACGAACUUCACGGUAGAGAACCUCCAUGGUUCGAUGACGAAGAAUCUCGACACCGCCAGCCCGAUCAUUAUCCUCUGCGGCGAGGGCACGUGCAAGGACUGGACCUUCAAGGACAUCAACAUCACCGGCGGCGUCAAGAAGGAGGGAUGCCUCAACAUGCCCGCCGGCAUCUCGUGCUAG